UUGAACAAGAAGACAAAAUGUCUGCGGAAAAUAAAAUCGCAUAUAUCCAUUCAGACUUGUUUCUAACUUACUGCAACAAGCUGCCGAAAGUAAAACAACGGGCUAGCAUUGUUCACAGCCUGAUAGAGGCCUAUGGCCUGCUCAAACUAGAAAAUAUAAGCAUUGUUGAGCCUGAGGCAGCCACUGUUCAUGACUUGACGAGGUUUCAUUCGAAAGACUAUGUGACAUGUCUCCAGAAAGCAUCAGAAUGCUGUGACGAUUCAGAGAUGGAAGAUGAUUUUGAAGCAUAUGGGAUUGGCUUUGAUUGUCCAAGUUUUGAAGACUUCUACGAUUGUCUCAGCAACAUAGCUGGUGGAACUCUAAAAGCUGCUCAGUGUUUGAACAAUAAAUCACAUUCCAUUGCAAUUAAUUGGGCUGGUGGAUGGCACCAUGCGCAUAGAGAUGAAGCAGCUGGAUUUUGCUAUGUCAAUGAUAUUGUACUGGGAAUACUUAAGUUGAAGGAAAGAUUUCCUAAAGUUUUAUACAUUGAUUUGGACUUGCAUCAUGGUGAUGGUGUUCAAGAAGCAUUUUUCCAUACACCAUCUGUUUUUACAUUAUCAUUUCAUAAAUAUGCUGCUGGAUUCUUCCCAGGCACUGGAUCAUGUUUUGAGGUUGGAGAGGGGAAAGGAAAACAUCACACACUCAAUAUCCCUUUACUGGAUGGAAUAAAUGAUAAACUCUUUGCUGAAAUAGUAAAAUUGGUGGUUAAAGAUGUCAACAGUUAUUUCCAACCAGAUGCAAUUGUUUGUCAGUGUGGUGUUGAUGGUCUGGCUGGUGAUCCAAUGAAUUCCUUUAAUCUCACACAGUAUGGGUUAGCUGCUUGUGUUCACUAUAUUUCAUCACUUCAGAGGCCACUUCUGUUGCUAGGUGGAGGUGGCUAUAACUUUCCAAAUGCAGCCCGAUGUUGGACAUAUAUAACAGCAAUGCUUCUCAACAGAAAACUUCCCAGCAACAUACCUGAACACGAGUUCUUCCUGAAAUAUGGACCAGAUUACAGCCUGGAAAUUGCACCUCAUGAUUUCAGACCAAACAAGAAUUCAGGUCGUUACAUAAAGGGGGUGUUGUCUGUUUUUAAAGGUAAUCUUGAAAAAAUGGCAGAUGUCUGGAAUAGCAAGUAGGCACAAAACAAUGUUGUAUAUAGUAAGUUAUUUAAAGUUGUUGGCCAA